AUAAAAAGUGCGAGACUCUCGUGGUUACGUGAGUUGUUUGGGGAGAGUUAAAAAAAGGAGAAAAUCCGAGGAAUGGAGAUUUAAGACUCUGGUUUGUUCAGACUAGAGAUGGAACAGAACUGUUUUCAGAAUAUUUAGGGACAGAAAUUUGGGGAAGAGAGGAAUCUAGAGAGACAGAUUUCAUGGGAGAAAGGCGAAGAUAGAGUCGACAAUUGUUGAUUUGUGUUUGGGAGGUGCGUUUUUUGGGGAAAGAAAAGGCGGAGAUCAAUCGAGAAUAGCGGUUAAGGACAUUUGUGUUUGAGAUAGAGAGAUGGAUCGGAGGGAGGAGGAUGAUAUAGAGAAGGAGUGUGAACCAGAAAACGUAGAUGACAAGGAAUUCGGGUCAACGGUCAGACAACCGUUGCUGGUUAAGAACAGAACGAAUACCACAUCUCAGAUUGCGAUAGUAGGCGCCAAUACCUGCCCCAUUGAGAGCCUUGACUAUGAGAUUAUUGAGAAUGAUCUUUUUAAGCAGGACUGGAGGUCUAGAAGGAAGGUUGAGAUAUUUCAGUAUGUUGUUCUCAAGUGGACGCUUGCUCUCCUAAUAGGCUUGGCGACAGGCCUUGUUGGGUUUUUCAAUAAUAUUGCUGUUGAGAAUAUUGCUGGAUUUAAACUUCUGCUAACAAAUUAUCUCAUGCUUAAUGACAAAUAUUACCAGGCAUUUGCUGCAUUUGCUGGCUGCAAUCUUAUUUUGGCAAUCGCCGCUGGAGCUCUCUGUGCUUUCAUUGCUCCUGCAGCAGCAGGCUCUGGGAUACCAGAGGUGAAAGCUUACCUCAAUGGUAUAGAUGCUUAUUCAAUUUUGGCUCCAAGUACACUCUUUGUAAAGAUUUUUGGCUCCAUUUUAGGGGUUUCUGCUGGAUUUGUUGUGGGGAAAGAGGGGCCUAUGGUCCACACAGGUGCUUGCAUUGCCAAUCUGCUAGGGCAGGGUGGUUCCCGAAAAUAUCGUUUGACUUGGAGAUGGCUUAGAUACUUCAAAAAUGAUCGGGACAGGCGGGAUUUGAUCACAUGUGGAGCUGCUGCUGGUGUAGCAGCUGCUUUCCGAGCGCCAGUUGGUGGAGUGCUCUUUGCCCUUGAAGAAGCAGCUUCAUGGUGGAGAAGUGCUUUGCUUUGGAGGACAUUUUUCACUACAGCUGUUGUUGCUGUGGUGUUGAGAGCUUUGAUAGAAUUCUGCAGAAGUGGAAAAUGUGGGCUGUUUGGACAGGGAGGUCUGAUCAUGUUUGAUGUCAAUACAGCGACUGCCACUUAUAACACCGAGGAUCUUCUUGCAGUUAUUUUCCUUGGAGUUAUUGGGGGCAUUUUGGGAAGCCUCUACAAUUUUCUUGUGGAUAAGGUUCUUCGUACCUAUAGCAUCAUUAAUGAGAAGGGUCCAUCAUAUAAAGUCCUGCUUGUCAUGAUUAUUUCCCUUCUGACCUCUUGUUGUUCCUUUGGCCUCCCAUGGCUUUCACAGUGUAUUCCUUGUCCUCCUCACCUGAAAGAACAAUGUCCAACUGAAGGUCGAUCUGGAAAUUACAAGAGUUUCCAGUGUCCACCAAACCAUUACAAUGACCUUGCCUCCCUACUUUUCAAUACUAAUGAUGACGCAAUCCGCAAUUUAUUUGCCUCUGGCUCUGAUAAGCAUUUUCGCCUGUCUACCCUUUUAGUCUUCUUUGGUGCAAUAUACUCCCUUGGCAUUGUCACAUAUGGCAUAGCUGUUCCCUCAGGACUCUUCAUUCCUGUCAUUCUUGCUGGAGCCUCUUAUGGACGACUUGUCGGGAAUGUGCUUGGUUCUCUUUCUGGUCUAGACGGUGGUUUCUUCGCCCUCCUUGGAGCUGCCUCUUUCCUUGGUGGCACGAUGAGGAUGACAGUUUCUCUUUGUGUCAUACUUCUUGAACUUACUAAUGACCUGUUGAUGUUGCCCUUGGUAAUGCUGGUUCUCCUUAUUUCAAAAACUGUGGCUGAUACUUUCAAUAAAGGUGUUUAUGACCAGAUUGUGAAAAUGAAAGGGUUACCAUACAUGGAGGCCCACGCCGAACCAUACAUGAGACACUUGAUUGCAAGUGAUGUUGUUUCUGGUCCAUUGGUGACCUUUUCUGGGGUUGAGAAAGUCAGCACCAUAGUGCAGGCUUUGAGCACAACAAAACAUAAUGGAUUCCCUGUUAUUGAUGAACCUCCUUUUUCAGAUGCUCCAGAGUUGUGUGGGCUUGUUUUGAGGUCUCAUCUGCUUGUGUUGCUUAAAGAGAAGAGAUUUUCUGGCUACAGGGUGAUGACUGGAUCACAAAUUAUGAAAAGGUUCAAGGCACAUGAUUUUGCAAAGGCAGGAUUAGGUAGAGGUGUUAAGCUGGAGGAUUUGGAUAUUGAUGAGGAGGAGAUGGAGAUGUAUGUUGAUCUCCAUCCUGUUUCUAAUACCUCUCCAUACACUGUGGUGGAAACAAUGUCUCUGGCCAAAGCUGCUGUUCUUUUCCGGGAACUUGGCCUUCGGCACCUGUGUGUGGUGCCAAAGACACCAGGGAGGCCUCCAAUUGUUGGAAUCCUAACAAGGCAUGAUUUCAUGCCAGAACACAUAUUGGGACUCUAUCCAAACAUCAAGACCAGCAAGAAGUAAGGUGAACAAGCUACUCAGUUAUUUGCUGGUCUUUACCAGUCAGUCCCUUCUAUAUUGUUAAGAGAAAAAAGUAUUUCAUGGAUAUUACUUUUCAAAAGUAUUUAUUAACAUCUUUCCCUUUUAGAGUAAUUCAAGAAUAUUGUGAAGACCUGAUAGUAUGAUAU